AUGGCACCGUUAAAAGAUCUAGGUUUGGGUCAAGUCCUCGCCCGAGCCCUCUCCUCAUCAACACUCUCUCAACCACCAACUCUCGUCUCCCGCCAAACCGUCGAGACCGUCACCGUUACUGCAGACAAUGGAAACAGCGCCCAAACUCUAAGCGGCGGAGCAAUUGCUGGUAUUGUCAUUGGUUCCAUCUUUGGAAUUCUCCUCCUUCUCUGGAUCAUUCGCUCGUGCACCAACCUAGGUGCGCCGCCACAGGAGAGGGAGAAGUGGUAUCACUACAAGGAAGAGCCUCGACAUCAUCACCGCUCGCGAAGUAGACGGUCGCAUCGGUCGAGCAUUUCUGCACCUCCUCCCAUUGUUGUUAGGGACUCGAGAUCGAGAAGUCAUCGACGGGGAAGGUCGCCUGGAUAUCAUGGACGGGAUCGCAGUACGCGGUAUUACGUCUAA